UUUUUUUUUUUUUAUUUUAUUUUUUAUUAGUAUCAUCAAGAAAAAAAAAAAGUUGAUUAUGGCUACUGAAAUGAAACAAACUGUAGUUCAUCUUCCACCAAGAAAUCAUCAUUCUACAACAAAAACAUCACCAUCGACUUCCGAGUUAUCGAGUCAAAGACAGUAUCACAAGAACGGUGGAACCAAUGCAGAAUCACAUCAGAUGCAGCACUACCAACAAACCAUGUCCUAUGAUAUUCCCUUAUAUGGAAAACAGUUUCUGGUGUCUGACACUUUGUAUUUUGAAGUGCCCCAGUCCAUCAACGAUAAUGAUAUUGUUACAUUACUGACAUCUUGUCGUCCUAUUUUGAUACAACGCAAUAAAUAUCAUGAUCAUAUUGCGACAGGCUGGAUUCGAUUCAUCAACAAGGAGCAAGCUGAUCGUGCAUAUACAUUAUUUGAUGGUCUUGUUCUCAAAAAUAGUCAUCGAUUACAAUUAUAUAUUACCCCCGAUGGUAUCAAGGAUCAAGUCCCCUGCGCUCCUAUUUUCCAAGUGACUCAUUUACCUCUCUCUAUGACAAAUGAUGGUCUGUACAACCUAUUCCGUCCAUUUGGUCCUAUUCGUUUAUGCAAGAUCAUUGUUGAAAAGGAUUCUUCAUUUACUGGUAUGGCUUUACUUCAAUAUUUUUAUCAACAGGAUGCUGAUAAUGCCAAAAACGUCAUGGACAAUAAAUUAGUGGAUGGAAGAACAAUCUCGAUAUAUUCAUUAGUUUCCAAUAAGCCAACUCAAAUGUCUCCUGUCACCUCCUCACCAAAGCAACAACAAUCAAUCAACAAAUCAGAUCAGUCUUCUAUUAUUGAUUACACCAAUCUUUACAUUAAAAACUUGGAUUUGUCCGCCAAAAGUGCUGAUCUGUAUAAUGCAUUCCGUUCCUUUGGACGCAUCAUUUCUGCACGCGUGAUGAAGAAUCCCCGUACCAAGCAAUCUCGUGGUUAUGGUUUUGUAAGUUUUUGUCAACCUGAAGAAGCAAGAGAAGCUUUGGAACAAUUCAAUGGAAAAUACAUUUUAUCAAAGCCCGUCGUUAUUGCCUAUCACGAACCUAAACGAUUAAUCGCCAAUCAAUCUCAAAAACAAAAACAACCAACUACAAUGUCAUCUUCUUGUGAUACCAGCUUUGGAAAUAACCAUCAACAACAACAAUAUCAUCAUCAUAUGAAAGAGUCAUCACCUACUUCAUCUUUGGUAUCAACAUCAACAUCUGCAUCCUUUAUGAAAGAACAUUAUCAACAAAAUAAUAAUAAUAAUCAAUCUCAAAGAGAUGGUAUUCGUGCCGCUAUUUUAAAGGUGAUGAACAAAGAAAAAGAUUUGGGCAAAUUAGAAAAUUGGGUGGACUCCAUCAUGUCUCUUCGAUCUACAAGUCGUGCUCUAUGUUUAUUCAAUCCAGCCUAUUUAGUGAACAAAUUGGAAGAAGUUGCAUCAUCCUCGCCAUCUUCUUUCGAUCAUGGAACAACUAUCACCUCUACACCUAUCAACUAUUCUCAACCUUAUCAACAAUACCAUCAUUAUCAUCAAACCUCCAACACACCUAAAACUCCCAACCUCAUUCAACCUGAUGAACAUCAUUCUCAUGCAUCUUCUGCCACUACAACUUCAUCUGCUGCUAUGACAACUACUACUUCUACUACGGAUAUUGUCCAUAUGCAUGAUUUGAAUACCCAAGAUCAACAUUACAACAUCGCACGCUUAGUUGAAUCCAUCAAAGGUUUAUCUCUUCUUCAACAAAAACAACGUUUAGGCGAUAUUCUCUUUCCACAUGUCAAGGCAACAGGUGUGAAAAAAGCAUCUAGGGUGACUAUUCAGUUAUUGGAUACUCAACCGCUUGAUCAAUUGGCUUACUCCAUGCAUUCUAUGGAAUUGUUGAAACCUUUAGUGGAAAAGGCAAAUUUGGCUCUAACAAAACAAGAAACCUUUAUGAAAGCUGUGAUACAACAAUAGUCAUCUCAUCCUUCGUUUUCUCUCUCUUUAUAUUUGUGUGUGUUUUACUAUUAUUGUUAUCAGUUUUUUUUUUUUCUGUUUUUGUUUUUUAUUUUUAUAUACUAUAUAUUACCCAAAUUACUUUAGUAUCACCCUUUCUUUUUUAUAUAAUUGUCUUGUAUGAAUCUCAUACUAUAUUAUUUUGAUUCCCUUCUCCACCUCUUUUGAUUCAAUCUUCUAUUUGAAUUGUUUUUCCCUCU